AUUGUGGCCAAAAAAGAGGAGGGGGCCUUUUUUUCCGAUUGAUCUCCUCCUCUCCCUCCGCGGCACCGACCCUCGAUUGGAAUCCCCACGAUGUCGGCGCGAAGGCGGACCUUGCUCAAGGUCAUCGUUCUCGGCGACAGCGGGGUCGGCAAGACGUCGCUGAUGAACCAAUAUGUGCACAAGAAGUUCAGUCAGCAGUAUAAAGCUACGAUAGGUGCUGAUUUCGUUACCAAAGAACUCCAAAUUGAUGAUAAGCUGGUCACCCUGCAAAUAUGGGACACAGCUGGACAGGAAAGAUUUCAGAGCCUCGGGGUUGCAUUUUACAGAGGGGCAGACUGCUGUGUCUUAGUAUAUGAUGUGAAUGUGAUGAAAUCGUUUGACACUCUCGAUAACUGGCAUGAUGAGUUUUUGAAGCAGGCGAACCCAGCAGACCCAAGGAUUUUUCCUUUCAUACUACUUGGAAAUAAGAUUGACAUAGAUGGUGGCAAUAGUCGAGUGGUUUCUGAGAAGAAAGCUAGGGAUUGGUGCGCCUCAAAAGGAAACAUACCUUACUUUGAGACAUCUGCUAAGGAGGACUACAAUGUCGAUGCCUCAUUUUUGUGUAUUGCUAAAGCUGCUCUUUCUAACGAGCAUGAGCAGGACAUAUAUUUCCAGGGCAUCCCUGAGGCUGUUUCAGACUCAGAGCAAAGAGGUGGAUGCGCAUGCUGAUCAAGAAUGACUUGACAAUAAUAUUAUAAAUUUUCUAUGGUAGCGGAAUUUCUUCAUUUUUUGGGAUUCUGUUGAUACCUCCUGCCAUUCCACGACCUCGGCAACUAAUUUUCUCAACCAAGAUAUCCUGCAUUAGUCGCCCUAUCUUUUGAUUCCAAAAUGUAGAAUCUCGGCUGCUUGUUCUUUUUGGUUGUAAUCCAAAACAGAGUGUUUGAAUUUGAUGUACUGGUUUAACCCUUGUUUGCCAUCGGGAUGCCUUUUGAUUCGAUGAUGAAUCAUUAUUCAAUUGCAUUCUA